GUUUCUACGGAGGAGCUGGAUUACACCAUCGCAAUAAACCAGCGAGAAGCCAGCCUUUCCCAUCACACCCGGGUUGCGCAGAGAUCAUAGAGUUCACCCAGGAUUGAAGGAUAAAACUCCGGGACUGUAAUAACCCAGCGCGAAGAGACACUUUCAAAGGAAACGGCCCGACAUACGGUACCAGACCCUGAACAACAGACUGCAGGGGCUGCCGACUUUUUUGCGGUUUCCUGCUGGCGAGCAGAGCAGAGCAGAGCAGAGCAGAGGUACUGUACUGUACCUGUGCAGCACCUGCCUCUCUCUUCUCUCGCAGCGACUUCACUCCUGGACAUUCCUCGGCUUGUGUACUCACGCCUCCCAGGCAUUUCGGUAUCGGUUCGUUGGAGAUUCCUCCGUUUGGUUUGAACGAUAUACAGUACGCACCAAGGAUAAUGCUUAGCCAUGGAAAGGCACCAAGCUGAUAACCCGCCUUCGGGCUCGGCGACGUGAAGGCGGUCCGGUCCUGCUGCUCUCUCUCUCUGCACGCUUGAUAUUCCGGGGGGGCGGACUGGACUGUAGGCGCGCCGCGGCUGUUUUGCUCUGGGAGUGUGGCCAGAGCAGACACCGGCUCUCGGGGAUGCGUGUAGUCCCAUUAAUAUAUCACCGUUACGAAUAUGAGCUGCUGUCGGUGUGUGGUGCCAUUUUUAGCGAGCUCCUGGCUCUGUCUGCUCCUGCUGGAUGGAGCCGUACUGAUCAGUGGCGCGCUUCCCCGGUCGGGGACGGUCCGGAGUCCCAGCGGGUCUGGACUGGAGCGACACCCGGGAUUAGGGAUCACCGGAGGGACUGAAAGAAACGACACACAGAUCGGAGUACCGGACAACGCAGCUGCCCGACUUCCCCACUCCACAGAGCCCGGUGAGGAGAGGGAGAGGAGAUAUGCACAGCCAGAGAGGACCACGCCCUUUGUCAUCGUGGAUGGAAACAGACUAAGUCUGAAAGAGGCUUUAAAGAACGGCCACCCCGAGCGUCUGGAGUGCGGGCUGGAGGUGGGGGGCAGCCCGGUCCUGCUGGAGCUGGAGAAGAACCGAUCGAUCCCAUUCAACAUGUUCCAUCCAACUCACUGCUAUUACCACGGCUCAGUCAGGAACUUUCCCCAGUCUCGCCUUGCACUCAGCACCUGCAGUGGACUGAGAGGGGUGAUCAUCCUGAGCGCCAACCAGAGUUACACGGUGGAGCCCGAGAAGCAGGAGAAGGGAAUCCACGUCCUGUACCCCACUCAGGAGCUGAAGGCUCCUAGCGGAGGAUGCGGGGUCACCCACUCCCCCGUGACCCCCACAGAACCCUGGCCUCACCUGCACAGGCUGAAGAGAGACAUCCUGACGGAGACCAAGUACAUUGAGCUGGUGCUUGUAGUGGAUCACAGGGAGUACCUAGCCUAUGAGAAGGACAACAAGACCAUCAUCAAUCGCAUGCUGGACCUGGCCAAUCAAGUGGACUGGUUCUACCGGCCCCUGAACGUCCGAGUGGCUCUGCUGGGCCUGGAGAUCUGGAGCGACGAAGACAAGAUCCUGAUCGACAAGAGCCCCACCGACACCCUGAACCGCUUCCUGGAGUGGAGGACACGACAGCUGCUGCCCCGCCUGCAUCACGACAACGCUCAGCUCAUCAUGGGGGGCUCUUUUGACGGCACCACUGUGGGAAUGGCAUCGCAGUCCUCCAUGUGCUCACGGGAUCGCUCCGGAGGGGUCAACGUGGACCAUCUGGUCAGUGUACUGGGCGUGGCCUCCACUGUGGCACAUGAGCUCGGGCACAACCUGGGCAUGAGCCAUGACACCGCUGACCGGCACUGCCAGUGCCAGAAUGAGCCGCGGCUUGGGGGCUGCAUCAUGGAGCCGUCCACUGGUUUCAUGCCCGGCCAGCUGUUCAGCAGCUGCAGCGCACGGGACCUGUCGGUCAGCCUGCUUCACGGCGCAGGGAUGUGCCUGUUCAACAUGCCUGAACCCCAGAGGCUGCUGGGAGGACAGCGCUGUGGCAACCUGUACGUGGAGCCGGGCGAGGAGUGCGACUGCGGCCUGACAGACGAGUGUGAGGACCCCUGUUGCAACGCCACCACCUGCAGACUGGUUCCUGGGGCUCAGUGCUCCUCUGAUGGGAUCUGCUGUGAGAACUGCAAGCUGCGGGCUGCAGGGAGUGUGUGCCGAGAGCCCCUGAGCGAGUGCGACCUGCCUGAGCACUGCUCCGGCGACUCCCCCUACUGCCCCCCCAACGUCUUCCUCCAGAACGGUCAACCCUGCCAGCAGGGGGCGUCCUACUGCUACAGUGGAGUCUGCAAUAACCUCACCUCGCAGUGCCAAGUGCUGUGGGGGCUCAAUUCCACCCAGGCUCCAGACGUCUGUUUCAGGUCUGUGAAUAAGCAGGGCAAUAAGUAUGGCAACUGUGGACAGAUGCCCAACGGGAGCUACAUUCCCUGUCCCAAAGCAGAUGUGCACUGUGGGAAGAUCCAGUGCCAGGGUGGGAAUGACCGCCCCCUGCUGGGCUCCAAUGCUGAGAUCAUCACCACCAAGGUGCUGCUGAACCGCAGCGAGCUCACCUGCCGCGGGACCUUCUUCAACCUGGGUGAUGAUGUCUCGGACCCUGGCAUGGUGACGCCAGGCACAGCCUGCGGACCGGGCAAGGCCUGCCUGAACCAGCGCUGCCAGGAUGUCGCUGUGUUUGGCGUGGAGGAGUGUCAGAAGAAGUGCAAUGGACACGGGGUCUGCAACAGCAACAGGAACUGCCACUGCGAUGCAGGCUGGGCGCCGCCGGACUGUCGGCACAGGGGCUACGGGGGUAGUGUGGACAGCGGCCCCACGCAGGCCAGCAUCGACUCAAAUUCAUCACGGCUGGCUUUACUCAUCUUUUUCUUCCUCGUCCUGCCACUGGUAGUUGUGUGCCUCGUCUUGCUCUAUCGGCGUUGUAGGUGGCAGGACCUCUGCCUGGGUAGAAGCCCUUUCCACAAGGCAACCAAUCGACAGCACAACCGUGUGGUCAGGGAGACCCGUGUGCGGUUCUUGGAUGUGACAACGGAGGAGGAUGGUGACCAGGAGCAGCGGACCCCAGCUGCCGAGUGCAGCAGCACCCAGAGUGGAGAACAGGCCCAGCCCCUGCGGUACCAGUGGAUGCAGAACACAGACAUCCCUCUCACCCCUCCGGCCAACAAGGUUCUCAGCAGGCCCGCACCCCCCAAUAAGCCCCUCCCACCUGACCCGAUGCCGAGACCUGCUCAGUCAGCAGGGCACCGUCCACCCCCUCCGAACAAGCCGCUGCCCCCUGACCCUGUCCCCACCGAUGGACAGCCAGCGGCACAGCGUCCGGCGCCUCCAAACAAGCCACUGCCCCCUGACCCAGUCCUCAAAGAUGGCCAGACUUGUGCACCUGCCAAGCCGCCUCCUCCCCAGAAACCAUUGCCUGCUGACCCCCCCUCGCGCCCUGUGUCUGGAGUCCCCCUGCAACACGGGCCGAGUGUCUCAUCAGUUCCUAGCUACGGGCUGCAUGUAGCAGUUGUGCCUGCAAGACGUGCACCUCCUCCUCCAGUGCGGAACUCACACCCCAGCACAGUGCAGCCCCCUCCUGCAGUGUAGCCUGUGAAGUCCAGAAACUCAAUGGGCAUCUCUGAAGUGGACAGAACUGCCCUGAGAGCAAGAGAGCAAAAGCGAUGUGAACAGACAUUGCCUGGCUGCUUCUUCAUGGAGACUCCAUUGCCCUAGAAAGCCACACUGCAUGGGUGUUGUUUUAGGACUUUUCCACUGGACAGAACUGGAUGCUGUUCCAAAUCAAACGUAUUGGACUGAUCAUGUGCUCCCUGCAAUGUUUAGAAGCAUAGGGGACAACAGGAACAGGGAAAACAGGAAGACUAUUGAUGUCCUUCUCAGAGCUGUGUCUGUAGGAGGUUAUUCUCUUUCCUUUGAGCUAAUUGAGCUUUUGCACUGAUGAUUAUAGUCAAACAGUCUCUCUAUUUAUGUUUUUUGGAAUCACUAUUUUUUUCUUCUUAACCCUAAAGUCAAUAUUUAAAUAGCUAUUUGUUGAUCUACUGGGCUUAUUGCUGCAAAUUUUGAAGACACUGCACAUAUCUUUUGAGCCCUUCAGCUCUAUACCCUCUUUGAGCCUCACAGCACCUACAGAGACGCCAGUGUCAAAUGGAUAAACACUCCAAGCUUAUAGACACCUGGUCACAUCCACGGGGGUUCCAGGAUGAGCAGAUCCUAGCUAACUCAAGCCCAUUCAAUACUGGUGGUCACUGAGUCACAGCAUGGGGAAUCCUGGUUACAAUCCGUUAAUGACAAUUCAGAGUUGAACCUGUGACUCCUGGAAUAUACAGUACUCAACUGCUUGAAUUAUUACGUUAACAGUUAAAUUGCUAAGAAGUCCCCCUUGAUGAUAUCUGAAACAGUGUUAAUAUUGGAAGAAAAUGCCAAGAAAACCUGCCUAUCGAACCAGCAUAAAUGAACAAGCAAUUGCAGGAAUAAUGCUGAAGAGUGUGAUGGAUUGGAUAUUUUCAAGGGAGCUGGUAUUUCAGGAUAGGAUCAGUACAGUGGUUAGUUUCAGGUUUUUGGGAUUUUAUUUGCUUGGGUGCAGGGAAGUAAAAUCCCUGAUAGUACGAAAGGAAAUUCUUGUAUCCAUGCUAAUACCACUGUAGUGUUUGGUCCAUCUGUCUUCCUGUGUGUCACUUGGUCCAGUGAUCCUGUACAGUAUUUUCACCCAGGGGACUGUGACUCAGCUGGUGACCUAGCAGGUGGGUCUGUCUACAGUGCCCAGGCCGACCGGCAGCUUUAAAGAUUGUUAACUCUCUGUCUGCGACUGCUUGCGCAAUGCACUUAACUGCAGAAAGGUGCAGAGACCAGUGGACGCCUCCUGAACACAAAUCAGACUUCUCCACAGAGCUGCAGGAAACCAGUACUGGUCUGAGCAGAUUGGAAAGAAACUAAUGCUGUUGGGGGACACGUUGUUUCCAGCAGAAUAAGCUGUACUGAACAUACCUUCAUCCCAGCCUGUGGUGAAUUAACUCUUUUAAAACUUUUAAAAGACUUCCAGUAUACUGGUGUUGGCAGCUCUGGGACUUGACUGCUGGGAAAUCUUGAUAUUGAAGACAUCAUCACAGGAUGAGCUGGAAAACCAGCAGCUGUUUUUUUUUUCCUCUGGCAUACAGUAUGUCCACUCACACAAAGUGAAACCGUUCUUUUAAGUAUUUUUUUGCAGGGUAACUUGUUUGAGGUCAGAAUCAGUGACAUUCAGGAGAUAGAGCUGCAAGCAAGUUUGAAGACACUUAACAGGAGACACAUUUUUACAAUUACAGAUCAUCAAAACGCUUGAUCUUAUGGAUGUGGAAGACUACAGAAGAGCAAAGUCUCUCAAUUCAUGUGAGAUAGCGGAUACAUACUGUAGGUGAAGGUAUUUAAAGUUUCUAGGAAACAUGGUCUCUCAAGUACAGUAUCUCAGCGUUUUGGUGCUGAUGUCUUCCUUACUGCUUAACCUAAGGUCUUGAAAAGCCAUUUGUACAGUGACCCCCCUCUGGGAUGAAGGGUUUAAAUGACUGGAGCCCUGCUGCAGAGCAAUCAGAGAAUCAUAAGCCAUUUCUCUCCACGAGGUGAACCGGGAAAGGAGAGGGGUUUGCAAUAUAAAUAAGAACUAAAUGUACUUACAGGGUAACGCAUAGUCUUCUGAGCUAACAUGCCAAGACAGAAAUAAUUCUGUUAAGCUUUUCUGGUGGUAAGCUGGAAUUUUAAUAAAACUGGACAAGUGAUUUCA